UCUUUUUUUUUUAAUGUUCAGACCACUGUCAUUUUCUAUCUUCCCUGACAGCUGAUUAUUCAUAGCUAAUCUCUUUACUUAUUUUUGUAGCAACGCCAACAAGCUGUUUCUGUUUCUGUAUAUCUGAUCUUCAAUGGCGGCUUAUAGCAGCAGCAGUUCAAGAUCAGUGAGAUUUCACGAUGAUGUUGAUUUUUCCGAAUUCCCUAUGUCAAAUAAGGACAAUUCGAUCGAAAUAAUUAAGUACGAGGAAGACAACGACGGUGACGACCGGAAACAAGACAUCGACAAGUCAUUAAGAGCCAAAGUGUUGUCCCGAGUGUUCUCCGAGGAUUAUGAGCAAGUAAAGAAAAAGAUAUACGAUCCUCGAGGACCUAUCAUUCGGCGAUGGAAUAAGAUCUUUCUAGUAGCUUCUCUAGUAUCCCUAUUUGUUGACCCGUUGUUCUUCUUCUUACCUCUCGUGCAUAAUCGAAACCUAUGCAUCGAAAUAGGAUUCGAUCUUGAGGUUGUCCUGACCAUCAUAAGAUCGAUAGCUGAUGUCUUCUAUGUAACACAAAUUUACAUUCGGUUUCACACCGCCUACGUGGCUCCUUCUUCUCGAGUUUUCGGUAGAGGCGAGCUUGUCAUCGACGCUUCCAAAAUAGCGUCGAGGUACUUCCGUAACUACUUCUUCGUCGAUGCCAUUGCCGCGCUUCCUCUGCCUCAGGUGUUGAUUUGGGCCGUCAUCCCGACCCUACACGGCUCGACGAUGAUGAACACGAAAAAUGUCCUUCGGUUCAUCAUCAUCUUCCAAUACAUCCCUCGAUUUUUUCUUAUUUUCCCGCUUUCCUCACAAAUUGUUAAGGCGACCGGCGUUGUUACAGAGACGGCGUGGGCUGGAGCCGCGUAUAAUCUCAUGCUCUACAUGUUAGCGAGCCAUAUUCUCGGCGCUUGCUGGUAUCUCCUCUCGAUCGAGCGGCAAGAAGCUUGCUGGCGACACGGCUGCGAUCGCGAGAAUUUUCUGUGUCGGUACGAGUACUUCGACUGUCACAGAGUUCGCGACGUUAGCAGAAAUGCGUGGUUUGAGUCGAGCACGAUUUCCGAACAAUGCGAUCCCCGUCGAGGGUUAUAUCCGUUCGGCAUUUACGGCGAUGCCGUCACUUCAGACGCGACGUCGGCGGCGUUUUUCAACAAAUACUUCUACUGCCUGUGGUGGGGGUUGAAGAACCUCAGUUCCCUCGGACAAAAUCUCGCGGCGACUACUUAUGUCGGAGAAAUUAGUUUUGCUAUCGUUGUAGCGACGCUCGGCCUCGUUCUGUUCGCCCUUCUCAUCGGGAACAUGCAGACGUAUCUUCAAUCGACAACCGUUCGAUUAGAGGAGUGGCGAAUCCGGAGAAUGGACACCGAGCAAUGGAUGCACCACCGUCAGCUGCCGCAAGAGCUAAGGCAAUUGGUACGAAAAUAUGACCAAUACAAAUGGGUGGCGACACGAGGCGUCGAUGAGGAAGCUCUCCUCGAAGGACUUCCGUUGGACCUCCGUCGGGACAUCAAACGCCAUCUCUGCUACGAUCUCGUCCGACGGGUACCGUUGUUCGACCAAAUGGACGAAAGAAUGCUUGACGCCAUAUGCGAGAGGCUCAAACCCGCGCUAUGCACGCCGAAAACUUGCCUCGUCCGCGAGGGCGAUCCGGUCGAUGAAAUGCUGUUCGUAAUUCGCGGGAACCUCGAUUCUUACACGACAAACGGAGGGCGGACGGGGUUUUUUAACUCGUGCAGGAUAGGCUCCGGCGACUUCUGCGGGGAGGAGCUGCUGACGUGGGCCCUCGACCCUCGGCCGAGCGUCGUCCUGCCGUCGUCGACGCGGACAGUGCGCGCGAUUUCGGAAGUCGAAGCAUUCGCGCUGAGCGCGGAGGAUCUCAAGUUCGUUGCGGGGCAGUUCCGGCGGCUGCACAGCAAACGGCUGCGGCAAAAAUUCCGGUUCUACUCGCACCAUUGGCGAGCUUGGGCCGUGUGUUUUAUACAGGCGGCGUGGCGGCGGCGUAAGCGGCGGCGGAGCGCGGCGGAGCUCCGAGAAUCGGAGAGCGUCGCCGCGGAUUGGCUGGCCGACGGUAAGGAGCUUUUGCGGCCGGUUUCGGGUUCAGGUUCAGGCUCCGGAGUUAGGAAAGGGCGUGGCGGAGGGAGUAAUAAACAUAGGGAGCCGGCGAGGUCUCUGCCGAAGCCGGCUGAGCCGGAUUUUUUUUCAGUGGAUGAUUAGACUCUGAUAGUAUUGACUCUAUUUAUUAGUAAGAUUUUACGGAUUUUAUUAUUUCAAAUUAUUUUUUGUUUCAAAUCAAAUUAAACAUCUAAUUUUUAUUUAUUUUAUUACACUAAAAUACUCUUUACGU